UGGUGGGGAUCGCGACGAGGCUCUCCUGGGGCUCCGGUGUUCUGGUACUGCCCGGUGAAAAGGAAGCCAUGGCGCUCCGUGUCACCAGGAACACGAAAAUUAACGCUGAAAAUAAGGCCACGAUCACUAUGGCAGGCGCAAAGCGUGGGCCCGUGGCCUCUGCUGCAGCCUCCAAGCCAGGUCUGAGGCCAAGAACAGAGACACUCGGAGACAUUGGUAACAAAGUCAGAGAGCAGCUGCAAGCCAGAGUGCCUCUGAAAAAGGAAGUGAAAACUUCAGCGACUGGAAAAGUUAUUGCUAAAAAACUAUAGAAACCUCUGGAAAAGGUGCCUGUAUGUGUGCCAGAGCCAGAACCUGAGCCUGUUAAGGAAAAAAAACUUUCUCCUGAGCCUAUUUUGGUUGAUACUCCCUCUCCAAGCCCGAUGGAGACAUCUGGAUGUGCCCCUGCAGAAGAAUAUCUGUGUCAGGCCUUCUCUGAUGCCAUUCUUGCAGUGAAUGAUGUGGAUGCAGAAGAUGGAGCAGAUCCAAACCUUUGUAGUGAAUAUGUGAAAGAUAUCUAUGCUUAUUUUAGACAACUUGAGGAAGAGCAGUCAGUCAGACCAAAAUACCUACUGGGUCGUAAAGUCACUGGAAACAUGAGAGCUAUCCUAAUUGACUGGCUAAUACAGGUUCAGAUAAAAUUCAGGUUUCUUCAGGAGACCAUGUACGUGACUGUUUCCAUUAUUGAUCGGUUCAUGCAGAAUAAUUGUGUGCCCAAGAAGAUGCUGCAGCUGGUUGGAGUCACUGCCAUGUUCACUGCAAGCAAAUAUGAAGAAAUGUACCCUCCAGAAAUUGGAGACUUUGCUUAUGUGACUAACAGUACUUACACUAAGCACCAGAUCAGACAAAUAGAAAUGAAGAUUCUAAGAGUUUUAAACUUUGGCCUGGGUCGCCCACUCCCCCUGCACUUUCUUCGUAGAGCAUCUAAGAUUGGAGAGGUUGAUGUUGAGCAACAUAGUUUGGCCAAAUACCUGAUGGAACUAUCUAUGUUGGACUAUGAUAUGGUGCACUUUCCUCCUUUUCAAAUUGCAGCAGGAGCUUUUUGCUUAGCACUGAAAAUUCUUGACAAUGGUGAAUGGACCCCAAUUCCACAGCACUACCUGUCAUAUACUGAAGAAUCCCUACUUUCCAUAAUGCAGCACCUGGCUAAGAAUAUAGUCAUGGUGAAUCAUGGACUUACAAAGCACGUGACUAUCAAGAACAAGUAUGCCACAUCAAAGCAUGCUAAGAUCAGCACUCUAGCACAGCUCAAUUGUGCAUUAGUUGAAGAUUUGGCCAAGUCUGUGGCAAAGGUGUAACUUCUAAGCUUGAGUACUCUUAUCUGCAAAUAAA